AUGUUCUCUUUGCUGCAAUUAGUGUGGAUUUCGGUCUGUGGGUUAUCUGCUUCAAGUUGUAAAGGACACGAGUUCAGAAGCGGGGCAUAUGUAAAGCUGCAUUCAAAUGCUCAUUGUAAAACCGUUGUUUAGAGUGAUGCGUUACUUUCCCUUUAUUUAUUGUUUUCCGUGACCUUUGUAUUUCUUUGCAAAAGAACUGACUUUAAUGCUGGCGUUGCACUGCACUGGACUGUAAGAGAACUGUCUUUAUACGUCUGGAAUAUGCAGUUUGUCUUUGCAUCAGUUUGCAUUCCUCAAAAGAAUGCAUUACCUAAUACUUUAAGUAUAAUGAAAAAUGUGAGGCAAUUAACAGUCAUAUCUUUAUUAAUUUGCAGAAUGUACACAAAUAAACAUGGGAUUUGCAUCAUUUAUGCCACUGUGUCAGGAGGCAUUUAAUAGUUCUUGGCUAAAAAUAUCUUUGAAACGCAAAACAUCAAGCAACAAACAUGUGGUUAAUCAUGUGACAAAGUGUACUUUGUUAGUUGUGGAUGUAUUAUGUAAAAGUUAAAGUGGGAGUGAAUUCAUCACAAACUCUCCUUCAUGUCUAGUUUUCCCUAUAGCACGAGAAGGCAUCACAAGCUCCGUCAGCUCCGCCCGUCGUCUUAUUUGAAUAAUAUAUGCAGGCGUCAUAUGACGUCAGAAGCUAGCCUUACAAAUACAGACCGGUGGCAGAAAUAGCAUCAGACAGUCGCUUGAAAAAUCAGCGAAGCUGACGAACUGACACAGCACUGCGCUCAGCUAGAGAGGAGUCAGUGCAUCGCUACUAAAGACGAAACAAACCCGGAUCUAUCCUUCGGAGACCAACCAAUCGCAAACGUGGCGAAAAGUAUAAUCCAAACGAGUCUGGUACUCAGCAUGAACACGGAGAUGUUCGCUAAAACGCCAAUGGAGGUAGCCGUCUACCAGUUGCAUAACUUCUCCAUCUCUUUCUUCUCCUCGCUACUCGGAGGAGACGUAGUAUCGGUCAAACUUGACAACAGUGCCUCUGGUGCUAGCGUUGUGGCCAUUGACAACAAGAUUGAACAGGCAAUGGAUCUAGUCAAGAACCACCUGAUGUAUGCAGUGCGUGAGGAGGUGGAGAUCCUCAAAGAGCAGAUCAAAGAGCUGGCAGAGAAGAACAACCAGCUUGAGAGGGAGAACUACCUGCUCAAGAACCUGGCUAGUCCGGAGCAGCUGGAGAAGUUCCAGUCUCGCAUCCCAACAGAUGUGCUGCUACCCCUGGACAAUCAGAGCGUCCAGAUGACCCCAGAGCAGCAGCAACAGCAGCAGACCUGUAACCACAGCACUGGCUCUGCUGUAUAAGUGGCUCUGUCUUGGGGCGGGCAGAGCCACAGUCUCUUUCCAGUAAUGGACCUCCAGUUGAACGUAAGCGUAACUAAAUCGCCGCCACCGAGACGCCUUCGAAACAACGAGGGCGAGGCAUCGGGGCUGUAAAUGAUCGAUGGGACACAAAUGAACUGUUGACACUGAUAAGCACAAACCAGAACUUGAGAUGCUCUGACUGGUGCCAUGUCAGGCCCAUCCUCUGAUACCGUCCAGCUCCUUGUGGUAGUCUCUUUUUGUAGACACAAGCGUUAAGAAUAGAGAGGGCAGACUAGACACAGAUGAGCGCUUGCUUUCAGACAGAAGGGGGUUUCCCUGCUUAGCCAAACUCUUCCAACAAACACCCUUUGCUCUCUGGAGAUGGGGAGGUGGGGGGGUCUGGAGGUGUUGAUUGGGCUGGCCCCACAGGCGCUAACCUGGAAAGUGUGGGGAGUUUGCUCCCUCAUGACCCAGAUGAGAUCCAUCUGAGACGGUCCUCCAAGUCUCAACAUAAACAGCCCCAUUAUGUGGAUUUGUCCCAUCUCAGAAUCCAAGUUUCAAGGACUUCCUGCUGCACAUUUAAGCCUCAUUACAAGGACUUCUCCUGUACCUGCAGUAUAAUUCUAAUGUGUUCAUGUACAUUUAAACAUAAGAAUAAAUAACAGGAUAAGCUAAGGAGACCGAAGUGGAGGUUAAUACAGUGUAGUCUCUUAGAGCAGGUGAACUGCAGCAGUAGACUGAUCAGUAUACUGUUAUUAUUCAUAAACAUGUAUUCUUGUAUGUUUUGCAGAUGGGGCUUGCUGCUUAUGGGGGACAUUAAUUCUGCAAUAUCUGUUUUUGUUUAUGAUGCUGAACAAAAAUCAGUUGUUUGUACUAUAGGAGCAGUGUACAGUCGCUUUUGAAUUUUAAUUUUUUUUUUUUAUUUUGGAACGAGUUGGGCUGUAUCUGCCCAUGUUGUUUGCCUAACUUACAGGAUAACUACUGUGUAAAUAUAGAGGAAAAGUCCUGAGGUAAACAUAAUGAAGAUGGUUUGCAAGCAUAUGCCUGCAUUUUCCGCUGCAGAUGCACUCCUGAUUUUCGCAGCGUCAUACAGUAUCUGGCCUCCUUUCUUGUUCUGAUGCCCACUUGAAAACAAAUGGCAUGAUGACAGUGCCUGUAAGGAGGAGAGGAACACAUUUCUACACUGAGCUCAGUUGUUGUUUUUCUAGCUACCAAAGACUUUUUUUCCCACACAGCAACAGAAGCUAAACAAACCUAGACCAUGUGUAAAACUUCACAGGGAGAAGUCUUGCUUGUAGCUAGUGCUAAUGACAGUUUGUUUUGUAAAGAUAACGGUAUUGUUGCUGUAAAGUAUCCUGGAAAUGGUUCACUAUGGUGUUUUUGGAUACAACUGCACAUUUGCAAUAAACCUUAUGUUUACAUAAUA